AUGGUUUCUCCUAGGUCCCAGAGAUCACGCCUGACCGUCGAUCAUGUUGAAGAGUCCAAUUCUACCGCCAACUUGUUCCUCGGUAGCGCGCGGAGGGCUUGGAUGCCGGGCCCUAGUUGCCCUCAAGCCCGCGAGGCUCUGCCCGCGACGACUGCUCUCCCGGAUGCCAGACCGACCUCGAACCAGGACACUGCCUUGAUGUCCUCCGUGACAUCCGGCACCAAUUUACAACCCUCGGUUUCGCUGGCCGACAAAUCCAGUGCGCCGGCUGCUCUUCCUUCACCGGUUCCAAGCACCAAUUCUCAUCCCAGCCCAGUCGUUGCGCACAAUCCUGCCCCUGCUUUAGCAUCAAACAGACAGCCUGCUGCUGUCCCCCAAACCGGUCACAAUGGACGAAACGCACCACACUCAAGUCCGCAUACGACUGUUCCUCAACAAAAUCCGACGAUGACAACCGCCGCGCCUCCCCGUGGUCAACACAGUGCAGGCCCGGGACCGCCUUCAGGCUCUACAAAUGGUCUCCCAUUUCAGUCUCUGACGGAUCAAAGUCCGGAUCAAAGUCCGGAUCAAAGUCCCUCGUUGAUGCUGACUGGAUCUGGAAAUACACGUGAAAGCGCAGAUCUAGCGUCCAGACCAACACAACAGGGCCCGGCGCCGAUGCAGCCCUCAGGUCUAAUCCUACCGAGCGAUGAAACAUGGUCACAAUGGAAAUCGAGGUUGGAUAGUCUCAGAAAGGAAGCGCAACAGUCCCCGAGACCAAAGCUCGCUGGACCCAGAAUCCGGCUUCUAGAGGAUGCGUGUGAAUAUCAAGAUCUCUUCUACCUGGUUCUCCAUCAAUUAUACUGUCGGCAGUCUCUUGAUGACCAAGGGUACCAGGAAUUCCCCGAUUUCCGGGAGCAAAGGUGCCAAGCUGGUUUGGCGAGGAUACAGGAGCUUAUAGAACCCAACAUCCACAUGGGAGCGCCAAUAUUAUGGAAGCUGGCUCACUUCCCGCAACCGCUAGAUGAACUGAAGCACCAGGAGUGGUAUCAUCUGGCCGUCGGGAAGGUCGUUCACUGCCUCACACGAUUGGCAACGACGAUUCCUUACAACAAAGUACUUAUUCUCAAUUCGGUCUAUCGUCGAGGUUAUCCGCCGGCGGUUGCUGAGUUGCGGGAUCUUUUGGACGCGACUUCGCCCGUACUGAUGACUAUCAUUUUCGUGUCAACGUGUCGGUGUAUCUAUGAAGAUAAGUCCAUGGGAAAGGUGAACCAAUUGUUCAGGCAUGCCCUUCGCGCAUAUUUCCACGGUCAACCUUCGAACUUGUCAGAAGAGUAUAAGAAGAUCCCGUUGAUGCCUAGACCAUUGCCUUCAAUGGCCCCUGUUCCAUCGUCAUCUGCGUCCCAGGCUGUACCAAGUGUGGUUGCAAGGGCACCUUCGACCGGUAGCCAAAAUGGUGUAGCCAGCCCUGCGAUCUCCGGUCAUCCAAAUCCUGAUUCACCCCUAGUGUCGCCACGUGGGUUGGCUACCCCAAAUUUAACAGCUCCUCAGACUAUCGCUGGACGGCAGGUGCUUCAGAGCCCAGUGUACCAGCACUCUCCUGACCUUCCUCCGGAACAGCCAAUUCGGCAAAGACAGACGAGACCAGGAGAGUCGCCUCAAAUGCAGAGGUUUUGGUAUCAAGGGCAAUGGGUGCAGAACAAACCCACACAGAUGCAGCACCUAGCUCCGGGGCAGCCUCAGCCGGGAUACCUUGGUCACGUUCAAAGGGCCCAGCAGGGAGCAAUGCAGGCACAGGCACAGGGGCAAACACAACAAGCCCUGCACGCACAGAUGCAAACCCAGCAAGCUCAAGGUCCGAUGUACCAGUCUGCUCAGGUGCAAACGCAACACGCUACUCCAGCAGUGGUGGUUUCGAACAUUUUACCUAUCACUUCAUACUCACCACAACAAUCACACACAACCUCUGCUUGGGACGGUCAGGUACCGUCGCGAUCCCAACAGGACUUUGUCAGGUCUUCUAGCAUCACCGCUCAGAGCAAUCCACGCCAGAGCCCAUCAAUACAAAGCGCUCGCACUCACUUACCAGGGCAGAGACAAAUUCCAACCCACCCGCGCCAUAUGUCUACGCCUCUUGCUCAUGCCCCUCAACAUAUCCAAAGUCAGGGCGCAUCAGCGCAGCAGCUUCCCCAAUCAGGACAACAGCUCCCUCGUAAUUCGAGGGUUCAUUCUGCGCCCUUCAGGCCUUUGUUACCCCCCGCUGGCUAUCAGCUGCCGCAAACAGUGUCACCUAAUCCAACAUACAUGGCGCUACAUCAAGCUGAUCUUCGCGAGCCACCAAAGAAAUUGGUCGAGUUUGGGCCGAACAAAGAGAUAACUGAGACUCAGCUGUAUCAAUAUUUGGGUGAUCUUGUGUUGCAGCCAACAGUGAUUGAUCCGAAGGCGCUUCGGUUCGACUUGAGAUUCACUCUCACGGAGGACGUCUGCAGAAGAUUUCCACGACUGGAACACAGAGGCAUAGGGAAACGUCCCAUGCAAAUUAUUCAACCAGGUUGCUUCAUAAUUCGCUUGCGCUGCAUUACACUGCGUCCUUCUGAACAAGAGAACCCGGAACGCCUCUGGCCAACGAAGAAUACUAUAUGGCCUAGUGUGCUCUACGUCUUUGUCAACGACAAGGAAAUGUUUUUGCGGCGAAAGGCCCAUAAUGGGAAGGACCUCCCCCUAGAGAUCUCCGAGAAUCUUCGUCCGGGCCUGAAUACCGUCACGAUUCAUUUACUGCUCAAACCGGAUGAAUGCAAGACUUUUAAUUACGGCUUUGGUAUCGAGUCUAUGCAUAUCAGCAAGUUCGAGUCAGUCAGAGAUCUUGUGGGCAACACAAGUGCGGACGAGACUAUCCUGAAUAUUCGAAAACGUCUCACCUUGGAGGAGGACAGUGAUGACCUGGCUGUUGUCACAGACAGCUUGAGAAUCAGUCUCAUCGACCCUUUCAUGGCUCAAAUUUUCAAGACCCCCGUUCGUGCUCGAGACUGUGAGCACCUGGAGUGUUUCGACCACGAUACUUUUAUCACAACCCGUAAGAAUGUAUCGGGCUUCGCUGCACUGAACGACAAUUGGCGAUGCCCAAUCUGCAACGCUGAUGCGCGCCCUCACCUGCUGCGCGUGGACAAGUUUUUCCUCACGGUACGCGAUCGUCUCAUCGCUAUGGAUGAUCUCGAAGGAGCAGAUGCGAUCGAAGUGAAAGCAGAUGGCAAGUGGAUUCUUCAAGCCAAACGAAAGGAGUCCCCCAAUACCUCACACAGCCCGAGAGUGGACAAAUCCCUUGCCCCAACCUUGGGCAAGCGUAAAUGUGAGAACAUAGAGCAAGGGUCAGAUGCAACACGCCCCAAAUACGAGAACCCUUUUGAAAGAAGGAGCUCCUCACAGCCCACCGAGCUUGUCGUGAUCGAAAUUGACUGA